GACACUGGCUGGAAUCGGGGAACUGGCCUCUGCGCCGCAAACGCAACGCAACGACACACGUUGCGGCUUGGCGCUCUUUCCCUCGCUUUGUCUCGUCAACCCUCUCUCUUUUCUCUCCCCGAGAGUCGAGUCGCCGACGAACCUUACACGUACUAGUACUGUAGCCCCUUUGCGUAUCUUAGAAGCUUCUCUUGACGUCCGGCUCGGAUAUACCCCCCUGAGCGGACUUCCUCUCUCGUUCCAUCGGAUCGUCUCUCUCUGGUCGCUUCAAGAGCACCGGGAUUCAACCCUUCGAGAAGACGGGAAACACCCUGGUGGACGACAUCUCAUCUCACCAACCGGUCCAUCGAACCACGUUUCAGACGUCGACAUCUCCCCAGCAUUCCAAGUCCUUGUCAGCGCCGUACUAAGCAGCCAAGAGAAACAAACGAGGCUUCAGGAACACAGGCGACGUCGAAGCUUGGCCCCCCGCCUUGCAGGGUCUCCCGUCACAUCUCCGUGUCUGCAAAACCCAACGCCUUCGUUCAUUGCCGCAGCCUGCGGCUCUGUCUUCGGGCCUCGAGUUGCCACACCACACUGCAUCUGUGCUGAGUUGUGCCGCAGCUUGGUUUCAGUGUCGCAUUUGUUUCCCUUCUUAUCGUUGCCCACCCGUCCUAUGAGAGCAAAGCAGCCACUUCUCGCCCGAUCUUUUUCUUGUCCGAGCAUUUUCACCAGUCGGGAAUUCCGCCUUCCUUAGACUAGCCUCAUUUCAUGCCUUGACACACCUUCUCGACAUCUUUGGCCAUCCCAUCACCACCUAUCACGCCCUCAACGACACUCAGCUCCAGUCAUCGUCUUCGCCAUCCCGUAGUCUGAUCCCGGUCUGCGGAUCGCCCGCCCCUUUCCUGUCGAGCAUCACCCUGUUUCCUCAGGCACGGAGGCAGUCUCUACGCUACUUACUUUUGUGUUCCACGCCUGUGGGUUGAUACAUUCGAGUGCCAGGUCCAAUCACGCCACCAUUCGCCUUGAGAGGCUCAUCGUCGGCUCAAAGGGUACAUUCAGCAGGACGGAUUAGCCUUUGCUUCAUGUUGGUCUGGGAUCGGCGCUCGUGGCUUAGCCGGUUCCCAUUGUCCAUCUCUCUCUCUCUCUCAGCGACAUAAGCCUAGACACUGUAGACUCUGCCCCUAUAUAGAAACCCACUACUUCCUCCUGCUUUUGGAAAGCUUUGGGCCCUGCGUCGAUGAUUGUGCUCCCACACUUUUUGGGAAUACUAUCAGCAUGCCCCAACCAUCUAGCGGUAAGCCGUCUGGCACGGCUUCAGGACCUAUGAUGGCGGACAACGAUCAAGGGCUCGAUACCAAAGCAGAGGUGGAAGUUAGUGGGCGCGAGAUCAAUCCCGCUCCCGAGUCUACUACGUCAAGAUAUCACGACCGUGAUCCGGUAGAGGACUUGAGGGAGCGGCUCUCGCAAUGGGGUGAGUCGAGUGUCUACCAUGGCUAUGAUGACGAUGAAGAUGAGCAAGGGUCCGAACAUGAACUUCUCUUAGAUCCCAAUCUGCCCGAAGAGUACGAGACGAGGAUUCGCAAAGCCGAUUUGACACCCACCGAAGAGGUUGACGAUGAGCUCGCCAUGAAGAGAGAGGAGGAGGAGGACUCGCCCUAUGCCGAAGUACGCGCCGCCGUUCGCAACUACGACGAAGACGUCCCAUGCAACACCAUCAGAGCCUGGACUAUCGGUCUAUUGCUGGUCACUGUCGGCGCUUCAAUGAACACGUUGUUCUCAUUACGACAACCCUCCAUCGGCCUUGGCCCUCUGAUCGCGCAGAUCAUCGCCUGGCCCAUUGGCCAAGGUUGGGCCAAGGUGAUGCCCACCAAACAGUUCAAUACGUUUGGCCUCAAGUGGAGUCUGAACCCUGGACCUUUCAACAUUAAAGAACAUUCCAUUAUCGUUGUGAUGGCCGGUGUUUCCUUUUCGGUCGCAUAUGCCACCGACAUCAUUUUGGCUCAGCUGGUCUUCUACAAGCAGGACUUUGGCAUCGUCUUUCAGCUCCUUCUCACAAUCUCGACCCAGUCGCUGGGCUACGGAAUCGCCGGCAUCAUGAGAAAGUUCCUAGUCUACCCGGCGGCCAUGAUCUGGCCCGGCAAUCUGGUGUCUGUCACUUUGAUGAACGCCAUGUAUGAGGCGAACGACCGGCCCGAUCCCAGCUUCAUUGGAGGUAGCAUGCCUCGGUACAAGUGGUUCGGUAUCAUUACCCUCGGCUCAUUUUGCUACUACUGGAUACCCGGCUUCCUUGCCCAGUUUCUGAGUAUCAUGGCGGUCGCCACUUGGAUCGCACCGAACAACGUUGUUAUCAACCAACUGUUUGGUGGCACGAGCGGUCUUUCAAUCCUGCCAUUGACGCUCGACUGGACCCAGAUCUCGGGAUUCGUUGGUUCUCCGCUCAUUCCUCCAUGGCACGCGAUUGCCAACACGCUUAUUGGCGUUGUUACUUUCUUCGUCAUCGGGGCCUCCAUCUUCCAUUACAGCGAUGUCUGGUAUGCCCAGUACCUGCCCAUGAGUGACUCGGGCACGUACGACAACACCGGCAACCCGUACAACACGUCUCGCAUCCUGACGCCCCAGCUCACGCUCGACGUGGAGGCCUACAAAAACUACUCGCCUCUGUUCAUCAGCACGACAUUUGCGAUUUCAUACGGGUUAUCAUUCGCUGCCAUUGCCUCUCUGAUUGUCUACACGUAUCUGCACAACGGCAAGCAGAUUUGGGCGCAGUAUAGGAAUAGUAGCAAGGAGAAGCCCGAUAUCCACAUGAAGCUCAUGAAGAAGUAUAAGGAGGCGCCAACCUGGUGGUACAUGGGCCUGUUCGCAAUCAUGCUUGGUCUCGGUUUUGUCACUGUCUUGGCAUACCCGACCAACCUGACAUGGUGGGCAUUUCUCCUGGCGGUGGCCAUUUCCUUCGGCUUCUCACUGCCUAUCGGCAUCAUUCAAGCCGUCACCAACAAUCAGAUCGGCUUAAACGUUUUGACCGAGUUCAUUUACGGAUACAUUCAACCAGGACGACCGCUCGCGCUCAUGAUAUUUAAAACUUUUGGGUACAUCACCAUGUCGCAGUCUCUGAGCUUCGUCUCCGACCUGAAGUUUGGCCACUAUAUGAAGAUCCCGCCCAGAACCAUGUUCAUGUGUCAGGUCGUCGCCACGACCUUCUCAUGCUUCAUCCAGAUUGCGGUGCUGAACGCUGCACUGAAGAAUAUCCCCGAGGUGUGCACUCCGCACCAGGAGAACAAAUUCUCUUGCCCGGGCGGCCGCGUCUUCUUCGCUGCCUCCGUAAUCUGGGGUCUCAUCGGCCCCGCUCGCAUGUUCUCCCCGGGCCAGGUGUACUCGGGCCUCUUCAUCUUCUUCGGCCUCGGCGCCAUUCUCCCCGUCAUCUUCUACUUCGCCGCCCUCAAAUGGCCUAAGUCGCCAGUCAAGUACCUCAUGGCGCCCCUCAUCUUCGGCGGAGCCGGCGCCAUCCCGCCUGCAACGCCGCUCAACUACCUUAGCUGGGGCAUUGUCGGCUACGUCUUCCAACACCACAUUCGCAAGAAGCACUUUGGCUGGUGGUCGCGUCUCAACUACCUCACCUCGUCCGGUCUCGACCUUGGCCUGGCCCUCGCUACGCUUGUCAUCUUCCUCGCCUUCACACUCAACCGAAUCGACCCGCCCAAGUGGUGGGGCAAUGACAUUGUCACCGCGACCAUGGACGCUCAGGGCACAGCGAUCCAGUCCACGCCGGCCCCCGGCACGAAGUUUGGUCCAACUUCAUGGUAAGUAUUCCCGACAAGACACGACUAGGCGUCACGGUUAUUAGGACUUUGUAGCACUAAAGGGGUUCGCACCACAGGGAACACUAGGAAUGUGGUUUUUCAAGCUAAAAGAAACACUUUCCUGCCAUCUUGCUGUUAUCGUUUUAGGUUCCAUACGCCGGAAAGAUUUAGGGAAGAGAGGGACAGCUCGAUCGGGAUUGGAUACCCAAAUGAGUAGAAAGAGAAAGGUGGAUCAGCAUCACAACAUUAAGACGGACUACUUACUGUGUACAUUAUCUAUUUCAUUGCGUGUCAAGUCUAAUUUCUACUGGGCCACUCAUCAACUCCGGAUCAUCGUCUCACAAGGCGAAGAAGCAUGGGUAGGGCGGGGCAUCGCGCAACACGAGAACCAACCG